AAAAAAAAGAUCCGACUUGUCUUGUUAGCUUGAAGAUUAAAUUGAUACCUAUUGCUUCAAUCCUACGUCUUCUUCUUCUUCCUCUCUUUCUUAAAACCCUCAUCUUGGCACACGUUGUGACCAAUUCAGCAUUCACCAGACACCCCGACUAUCAAUGAAGUCACGGUAGCAAUCGUGGCUGCUCUAGAGAUAGUGAGAGGAUCUCUAGAAGCCUUCCCCUCAGUCGGCGCGCGCGCGCAUCCAACCCGAAAUCCAUCGUCGCACGACCAACCGUUUGCCUAGUCGUCAUGUUGGUGACAAGAAAUGCUGCAGACCUCUGCACGCUGCUUGUAAAUGAGCUUUACGGCCAGCUUCCCUCGCGUAUAACUGCAGCUCUUCUAGCGAGGGGUCGAUCAAACGUAAGGGAUCUGUCACUUCAUACCUCGCUGAAUCCGAAGCAAGUUCGACAUGGCCUUGCCCUUGUUAUACAACACAAUCUCGUCUUCUACCAAACCGACCGCGAAACCGCUGUGACUACUUACGAAGCAAACCCUCAAGCAGCCUAUCAUCUCGUCCGAGUUGGAAAGACUCUUGAUGUUAUUGGCCGAAACUACGGAGUUACAGCGCGAAAUCUGGUCAACGACAUCUUGAUACUGGGCAAUGUUGAAAUAACCGAACUCGUCCGAUAUCAUAGACUUAAACAUGGUCGCAAAAAGGCAACAGUCAAUGGGAAUGAUGCCCGCGGUCAUGAUCCUGUCUCCGACCACGAAUUUGAGAAUGGCAACGUCGAUGAUCCUUUCCACGAUGACUCACACCAUGUCAAUGGAAAUGGGGUGACGCACGGCGCAGCGGACAAUGAAAACCCCAUCCAGGCUGACGAGAUCUACGAUACGCUGGCACAACUUAUUGCUGCUGGAGUCAUUGAGACCGUGUCAAGCACGAUGUUCCAAUCUCCCCAGGAUCUUAAAGCAAGCAUUGAGCAGGAAUGCGCACAAGAAUUUCCGAACGGUGUUCGAGGUGCCAAAGUAAUUUCUGAGUUUGAUGCCAUGGUCAAAUCGCAAAUCAAGGCGAUCGGGGCGGAACGUUCAAUGACGAAGAGGAAACUUCAAGAAAGCGCCAUGUACGAGCCAAGUAAUAUCAAACGCCGAAAGCUUGCGAACGGAGGGAUGUCCAACGGAUUCGCUGGCGACAGUGGGGGCUCGAUAUUGCGAGACGAGCCUAACACUGUCGUUCGACUAAAUUUCGACAAAUGUUUAGUAGAGCUUCGAAACCAAAAGCUCACCGAACACGCCGAGGAUUUUGUUGGGGAGAUCACAGCUCAAGUUUACGCAGCAUUAUUGGCUUCUUUGUGCAAAAAGGUGUACAGAUGUCAACACGACCAACAUACUAUCAUGACGGAAGAAGAGGAAGAAACCUAUUUUACGGGCGUUCGCGUUACUACCGAAGAGGUUUUCGACCAUUUAUCCCCCGAGGUGGACGUAGCCACUGGCAUUGGGACUGCGUCGGAAGAGGACAUUGAUAUACGGUUUGCGGAAAAGAUUCGAAAAUACCCGCCUCAAGCCCAGGGCGCACAUCUCCAAGGCGAUCUCGAUGCUGGGGACGAGAUCAUAGGCUCUGAUGAUGAGGAUUAUGACCCAACAGGAGAGCGCCCCAAGACUCAAGUGAAUGGGAAUGGUGGUUGGACUGCACAUAAUGGCACCAAAUCUGGCGGCGACUAUUCUGGAGAGGGCCCUUCGUCUCGUGUCGAGCAAAUCUACCAAAUGCGGCAGCAUCUACUCAUACUCGCUGAAGCCAAGCAACAAUUCGUCCGUCAUUGUGGGCACAACGAAUGGACAGUUGAUUUUGGCCCCCUUAUCCAGCAAUUGCGAUAUGUCGAACUAGAUACGAUGAUAGAGGAUAACUUUGGACGUCAGGGUCUCAGGCUCACCCGAAUACUCCGAGAGAAAGGCAAACUUGACGACAAGACUCUCCCGGCCAUGGCACUCAUGAGAAAACCGGAUGUGCAUGUGAAGAUGGCGGAGAUGGAAAUGGCAGGCUUUCUAGAGGUGCAAGAGGUGCCUCGUGACAACAAUCGCGCGGCUAAUCGAACCAUGUUUUUCUGGUUCUUUGACGAGGCUAGAACGCUGAGACGGGUCCUAGACAAUGGGUACAAAUCCAUGGUGCGUUGCUUGGAGCGGCUCGAGGUGGAGCGCUAUAACAAGAGGCACGUAGUUUCGCUUACCGAACGCAAGGACGUUCAAGGCAACGAGGAACAGAUGCUCAGAGGUGACGUUUACAACGAAUACCUGGAAUUAGUCGACAUGGAGAAGAAGCUCUUCAGCCAGGUAUCGAGACUCGACGAUCUUGUUUCAAUCUUUCAAGACUUCUGAGCGAAGAAGGAAUAAUAUUUGCAUUGCAUUGCAUGGCGGCGUUGGGCUUGAAUGAUUGAUCAGACAUUGUCUGAUCUCCUAUGUAUCAUUACCUAGUAGAUGGCUGCUACUACGACUGCUUUCUACUUUGCAGCCUGUUGCAGUCGCAGGCCACGGCGGAGGAAUAGUUUCUUUUCAUGGAAUACCUAGCCUGGGGUUUCGGGCUGGUGAAAGAUUUGCUGCUUGUAUGAUACCUUCACAUUACCUAGGCACCUAUCGACCUAUCUUGUUUCCCACGAGACAAUCCGGUUCGCCGUGGUGUGUGUUUAUAGCUCGCUCUGCACUUACUCGAUCAAAUAACGUCUUCCAUACUAUAGUAGUACCUGUAUGAAAUGCUAUCAUACUGUUUCUUAAAAGACCA